UUCAGGAAAGAGAAGCAGCACAGGCCCGAGGAGAGCUUCCACGUCUACCCAAUGGUUUUCCUGAGAAGACUUCUAGACUGGACCGGCCACGUGCUCGUGACAGACCCAAACCGAGAAGAAGACCCCGACCCAAGGAGCCAGCUGGCGAAACACGGCGCUCAAGGUCUGCGCCAGCCCAGAGCAGCCCACCAGUACCCCAGCCGCCUACCCACAUGGCCCAGCGUGAAGGGUUCCUCUUCCGCAAAAUAGACAUUGAGGGCCAAAAGAAGAGUUCGAACAGCAGAUCUUGGGUGAACCUGUACUGUGUGCUGAAUAAAGGUGAGCUGGGAUUCUAUAAGGAUGCGAAGAACACUUCCACACCUUACAACAACGAGCCGCUUAUCAACCUGAGCCGUUGUGCCUGUGAUAUCAACAAUGGUUACAAAAAGAAGAAGAAUGUCUUCACACUCAAAACUAACGAUGGAAGUGAGUUUCUGUUCCAUGCUAAAGAUGAGGACGAUCUAAAAAGCUGGAUCACAAGUAUAAACACCAGUAUAAGUGAGCAUGAAGAGAUUGGCAAACAGGGGCAGACCCAUCCAACUACCUCAUCUACUGACGAGGGAACGCGCAGGGAUGGCAGCAGGGCAGGCGGUUCGGAAAGAGGUGAAAAGUCAGACCGAGCCGACGGGGGAUCUGUGCGCUCAGACAAGGGUGAAAAGCCUGAGAAAAAGACAGGCAAGAAGAAAUGAGGCACACAAUUGCAGUGAGACAGGAGCCGGGACUUCAGAAAUCCAGGACAGUGCUCUGACGGAAUCAGAAAACGAAGGUGUCACUGUGAACUCCCUUUAUCUCUUGCUGUCCAGUUGAGUGUGGAAUCAGGCAACAUGGAGGAGCAAGAAGCUCCUGUGUCAGUGAGCGCCCUCUAGUGGCUGCCAAGGACCAUGACAAUUCAGGAGCUCCAUAUGGGCCAAAGAGCUGAUAGCAUAGGCAAAUGGAUGAUAAAAGAGAAAGAUGUUAUAGUAAAGUAGCUCACGAAGAUUAUUUUCUAAUCCGUCUAUGAAAAAGAUGACCCAUAUGUAUGUGUACCCGUCUCUCUCUUUGUAUAUUGUACGUCUCAACAUCAGUUCUAUACAAUCUCGCGCUGAAGAAAAUGGAAAUAUGCCAAAAUCUUUCUCGAGGUUAGUCUUUUUCUGAAGAGCAUGAUUUGUCUGUUUAUUUUGUAAGUUGUUUUGCUCUUUUAUACUGUUAACGUGUUGAUUUGUAUUCAUUGGCUCUUCCACACGAUUUUGAUUCUCGUCUUGCCACUUUGUAGACCACAUGUUUGAAUGUUUGGCAUAUGACAUAUCAGAGCAUGCCUACAAGGUUUAACUUUCAAAUGAAGAAAUAAAUGGUCUGUUUCAAAUAAA